CUUUAAAUUUUAAUUUCAAGAUAUUCAACUUUGUUCAUGAAAAAUAAUGGAGGAAAUAUAAAAGGCUAAUGAAGUGAAUAGUCAAUGUCGACACAAAGUAGAAGUAGCCAAUCAGCAUCCAAUAAUACUAGUAAAUGAUAGAAGGUCUGCCUACCUAAUCCUACGAUGGCUGAAGACCGGCAUUCGAACAGUAAAUUGAACGAUCUAUCGUUAAGGAAUGGAAAAAAGAAGUUAACUCUUCCAUAAACAACUACAUGUACCACAACUUGUCUUGACAACUUUCACCGUUUCUUAUCCCCAACAUAACUUCCUCUGGUCAUCGGUGUCUGUAAUGAGAUGCCGCCGCCGCUACCUCUGUCCCUCUUCCUCAUCCUCCUUGUUUGUUUUUUCUAUCCCUGUUUUACCCUUGACUUUCUUUUUAAUUCAUUCAACGCCACGGACUCCGGCGUUAUUCUCAUCGACGAUGCACGAGUGGACUCGUCGGUCAUCCGGCUAACCAACGAUACAAAUCAGUAUUCUUUGGGACGUGCCUUUUACCCCACGAGGAUUCAAAUGAAACCAAACCAGAAUUCCACUACUCUCUCUUCUUUCUCUACUUCGUUUGUUUUCUCUGUUUUGCCAGAGAUAGCCUCAAGUCCAGGCUUUGGCCUUACUUUUGUUCUUUCCAAUUGGACAAACCCUCCUAAUGCUCUAGCUAGUCAGUAUUUUGGGCUUUUUACUAAUGCGACGGUACCUCGUCAAGCUCCACUUUUGGCUGUCGAAUUCGAUACUGGAAUGAACCCGGAAUUCAACGAUCCGGAUGGGAAUCAUAUUGGAAUCGAUUUGAAUAAUAUUGAGUCCGUCAAGGCUCAAUCUGCUGGAUAUAACAAUUCCUCUGGAGGCUUUGUGCCAGUAGCUAUGAAUACUGGGCAGAAUGUUCAUGCUUGGAUUGAUUUUGAUGGUAGCAAUUUUGAGAUAAAUGUAACUGUUGCGCCAAUUGGUGUGUCGCGUCCAUCUACACCUACUCUUAAUUAUAAAGAUCCUGUUAUUGCUAAUUAUGUUUCUGCUGAGAUGUAUGUGGGAUUUUCAGCUUCCAAAACGACAUGGAACGAGGCGCAGAGGAUUUUAGCUUGGAGUUUUAGUGACACAGGGAAUUCCAGAGAUAUAAACACAACCAAUCUACCCGUUUUUAUGCUACCUUCAUCUUCCAAGUCUUUAUCGGCCGGAGCAAUUGCUGGUAUUACAAUUGGCUGCGCUGCUUUUGUAGUUAUUGUCGCUUUGGGGGUUUACAGGUUCUGGUUAAAGAACAAAUUGAGAGAUGAAGAAGAAGAUGAGAUCGAAGAUUGGGAACUGGAAUAUUGGCCCCAUCGAUUCUCUUAUGAAGAACUAAAUCAGGCCACAAAUGGGUUCUCUAAAGAUCAACUUUUAGGUUCAGGAGGAUUUGGUAAAGUAUACAAAGGUAAUCUCCCCAACGACACAGAAAUUGCAGUCAAAUGCGUAAACCACGAUUCCAAACAAGGCCUAAGAGAAUUCAUGGCAGAGAUCUCAAGCAUGGGUAGACUCCAACACAAGAAUCUAGUCCAAAUGCGAGGCUGGUGUAGAAAAUCAAAUGAACUGAUGCUUGUCUAUGAUUACAUGUCUAAUGGUAGCCUCGACCGCUACAUAUUCAAAAAAUUAGACAAGACUUUAAACUGGCUACAACGCCGUCAAGUCCUAGCCGAUGUAGCCGAAGGAUUAAAUUACCUCCACUAUGGCUGGGACCAAGUAGUGAUCCAUAGAGACAUAAAAUCAAGCAAUAUAUUGUUAGACUCAGAUAUGCGAGGCCGAUUAGGAGAUUUUGGUCUGGCAAAGCUGUACAGUCAUAAUGAAGUACCCAACACGACGAGAGUGGUUGGCACGUUGGGUUAUUUAGCGCCUGAGCUCGCAACGAUGGCUGUCCCGACGGCAGCGAGUGAUGUAUAUAGUUUUGGAGUGGUGAUACUAGAGGUGGCGAGUGGGAGGCGGCCGAUUGAAAUGGGGUCGGCUGAAGAGGAGGAUAGAGUGCUUAUUGAAUGCGUGAGGGAGUUGUAUGUUGAAGGAAAGGUGGUGGAAGCGGCUGAUGAGAAGAUAAAAGGAGAGUAUGAGGUGGAGGAGAUGGAGAUGAUACUUAAGCUUGGGUUGGCAUGUUGCCAUCCGGAUGCUGAAAGAAGGCCUAGCAUGAAAGAGGUGGUACCGAUUCUGGUCGGAGAGAACGUGGCGGCAGCGCCGGCUGAGUUACUGAGUGAAUUGGCUCGCGGCGGUGAGGGUAAUGGUGGUGGUUCGGAGGUGGGUCCUAGCCAGCAUUGACUGCCAUGAAUAUUUUUAGAAUUUUUUAAGGAUUUUAAUUUUUUUUUUUUUUUUUCAAGUUGUCGUGAAAAUUUUCUUUUUUUAAAAGAUUAUUAAAGUAAUUAUUUCUCAUGAAAGAAAAGUCAGGUAAUUAUUAGUAUUAUAAAAUCAAUUCUGACGA